CUUCAAUCCGCUCUGAGGUCAGACUGGAGGAGUCUCUCCACUCCACCACAGCGAUGCUGCUCUUUACUCUCAUGUCUCUCUCUAUUAGCCUUGUAAAGGCAGAUCAGAAGAGACCCUCGGACCUCGGCGAGACCCUGGGGAAACAUGUGGCUCUGGGCCAAUUAACUUUAAAUGAAAUGUUCAAGGAGGUGGAGAAGCUGAUGGAGGACACGCAGCAGAAACUAGAAGAGGCCGUGCAUCAGAUGGCGAAUGAGACCUCCAGAUCUCUGUAUGGAUACCGUCUGCCUUUUGGCCACCCCAAUCCCACUGUGACCGGAGCCAAGGACUCAGAGAGUGAGUCAGGAGAUACAGUUUCCUCCACACCCCUCACUCAGGAGAGCCGCUGGAACGAGGUGGACCAUGAGUGUCUGAUUGAUGAAGACUGUGAGGAGGACAGUUACUGUCUGUACAAUAUCAGCAGCUCCAAAUGCGUCUCGUGUAAAUCCAUAAACAUGGAGUGCGUGAAGGAUGAGGAGUGCUGUGGAGAACAGCUGUGUGUGUGGGGCGUGUGCACGCAGAACAAAACCCGAGGAGGUUCAGGGACGAUCUGUCAGUACCAGAGCGACUGCAGCCCCCUGCACUGCUGCGCCGUACACAAAGCGUUGCUGUAUCCGGUGUGCAGGCCGCGGCCUCUGGAGGGUCAGAGCUGUUAUGAGCAGCCAAACGAGCUGCUGGAGCUGCUGAUGUGGGAUGACGAGGCUCCUCAUGAACACUGUCCAUGUGCUGCAGGCCUGCAGUGUCAGCCACUGGGUCAAGAGUCCCUGUGCCUGUUGGAGAAGAGCUCAGCUAGAGACACGAGCCUGAGAGAUUUACAUUAACCGCUAUAAAGAAGCAAGACAGUGACUGACCUCUUAUUUAAAUUGGUCCAGUUAUUCUAUGUUUGUCAGGUAAUGUUAUAUGUAUAUAAUGUGUAUGUUAUAUGUACAUAACUGCUUCAGUUUUAAUUUUGUUUGAUUAGACAUGCUAUAUAUACACACAGCCAUGUGACAAGUCAUGUUAUGGGAAAAAUGGAAAACAGAACUCUAUUACACAAUGUAAAAAUUUAACAAAUGUAUUUACUAAAUAAAUAAAUCGAUUUAUAACAAAUUUAUUUACUAAAAGGAUUUUUGAUUAAUUGGGAUAAUGAAGGAACAUCUGUGAAAACAAACGCUUUAAAUUCUUUGAUAAAUUAAACAUUUUUUCAGCCCCAUAGCGUGAUGCUGCCACCACCAUGCUUCACCGUGAGUACGGUGUUCAUUAGGUGAUGAACUGUCUUGUUUUUGUGCCAAACAUAUCUUUUAUAAUUAUGCCCAAAAAGUUCUACAUGGUCUCAUCAGAUCAUAACACAUUUUACAACAUGAUUUACGCAGGCUCGGAAGUUUUUUUGUUUCUGUUUUUUUCUUUCUUUCUUUUUUUAUGGUGAGAAAGAGCUUCCGUUUAGCUACCCUACCCCACAGGCCAGACGUGAAAAACGUAAGAGAUUGUUGUCACAUACAGGGAGUGACCAGUACUUGCCAGAUAUCCAGCUCCUUUAAUGUUGCCGUAAGUCUCUUGGCAGCCUCUCUGAUAAGUUUUCUUCUUGUCAUUUUUGUUAAUUUUGGAGGGACGUCCUGUUCUUGGUAACGUCACCAUAGUGCCGGAUUUUCUCCACUCGUUGAUGAUAGCCUUCAUGGUGUUCCAUGGUACAGCUAAUGUUUUGGAAAUUCUUCUGUCCUUUUGAUCAACACCUUUUGACAUGUGGAAUCCUGUACUUGCUUUGUAAGCUCUUUAUGGACCAUGGCUUCAGCAGUCAGAUGAAUCCAAGAAGAUGUCAAGAAAGUCCUACAGAAACAGCUGAUCUUUAUUUGGGUUUAAAUAGGAAUCACUUCAGUGAUGACAGAUGUAUGAUAAUUACUUUUAAACAUGAGUAAAUGUGAUUGGUGAAUUCUGAGCAGUCGAAUGCGUCAUUAUGAAAGGGUGUACACACUUAUGCAACCCGGUUAUUCUAUGCUGGUUUUUUUUUUUUUGCCUGAAAAGUUUCUAUUUGUUUUUCUCACUUGAAUUGUGUUGGUUGCUGCAUCACAUUAAAGGUAGAAAAAGAUCUGA